GGGGUCUCCUCGGGAUUUCUCUCACUGAAGGGUGGGGCUCUAUCGAGAACUGCCUCCAGCGGUUGGACGAGCACAGUUUUGUCUAGUAAACUCUUGUUAACGCUUUACCCAGCAUCUGUCUGCUCGGAGAACAGGUUCAUCCAUCAAAAAUAGAUAGUGCAAUUAAUUUAAAAAUAUCUCCGGUGAUGAUAUGUGUGUGUUAAUCACUGGCGUGGCGCGUGAAAAUUGAUGGUGGGCUGCCUCUCAAAGUUCUCACAAGUUGUUCAAACAGGAGAAGAGAUAUAAUGCUUCUUCAACGAGACGAGCUUCAAUGAAAUAAUGAUUUCGUUCAUCAGUGGUAGGUGGUGGAGAUGGAAGUUCCAGAAUACUCUCACAGUUUUCCUGCUGCUGUGCUGCUUUUCCAUCUCAGUAGCACAGAGCUGCCAGAGUAGCGUCAGCUGCAAUGUGGUGCUCACCGACUCCCAGGGCUCUUUUACCUCCCCCUGCUACCCCAAUGACUACCCACCCAGUCAGGCCUGCAAGUGGACCAUACAGGCCCCGACCGGCUUUAUAGUGCAGAUCACCUUCCUAGAUUUUGAGCUCGAGGAAGCGCACGGCUGCAUCUAUGACCGCAUCGUCAUCAGCACUGGCAUGAGCGAUGCCAAAUUUUGCGGCUUAACACCCAAUGGACUAACUCUCAACUCCAGUGGCAAUGUGAUGGAGAUUUCCUUUAACUCAGACUUUAGUGUCCAAAAGAAAGGCUUCCAUAUCAGUUACAAGCAAGUGGCAGUGGCACUGAGGAACCAGAAGGUCACAAUGCCAAAAAGCAGCAAGAAUGUAGUGAGAGUGUCCAAUUCAGUCCCCAUUCCAGUUCUCACUGCGUUCACUGUGUGCUUUGAGAUCGCCCGCACGGCCCAGAAAAGUACAGAGACCAUCUUUACCUUGUCUGAUGCUGAUGGCAGAUCCAUUUUGGCAUUUGAGAAGACAGACAGAGGCAUGGAGCUGUUCAUCGACGGUUCCUACUGCUCUGUAAACGACCUGCUCACCAGCUCAGACAUCACAUCCAGCAUGACGCCCAUCUGCCUCACCUGGACCAAGUCCACCGGCCUUGUGGCAGUGUACUUUGGAGGUCACUAUCGAGCCAAAACCUGCGCAGCCUCUCAGGUUUACACCUUGCCGAGUGGGGGAAUCCUCCAGCUUGCAGGAAAGGGGUCAAGCUCGGUCAAUGUGGAUGAUCAGAAUUUGGAUGGCUUCAUGUACAAUUUCCGAUUGUGGGAUUACGCCAUGCCCUACUCCGAGCUGUCUGUCCUCACCUGUGAUGCCGAGGGAAACGUCAUUGACUGGGAUCAUCGCUUCUGGACUAUCCCAGGCAGUUACACGCAGACCGACAGCACUCUCAGCUGUAUCUGUUACCCAAAUUGCAUUCACUUAAAAGCUUCAACUAGUGGCACUGCCAUAGCAACUCUUUCCCCGGGAACCACAGGUUGUGCUUCCCCUGGACUUGGCUGCCCAGCAACAUUAACUGUUACCACCGCAUCCAUUGCCACCACUAACAUGAUUCCUACUAAUGCAACAACCCAUGCUCUUACUACUACUCUUUCAUACACAUCUACUUCUAGCAUGCCUCUAACCACAACUUCUGCUCUACUCACACCAACUACUAGCGCUAAAACAACAACUACUGCACCAACUACAUCACCUUUAAUUCAAUCUAACCCACCACCCAUCAACCCUGCUGCUGCUACUAACUCACCUCUGUCCAACCGCAAAACCAAUGAGGAUAUUUUCUACAGAAUAUCCCUAGUGGUUAUUGAUGAACAAGCAAACACCCCAGACAGGGAUGCUACGAGGAUGAUAUCUGAAUGGCUCAAUCGAACAUUUCAAAACUGGACCUACAGAGUUUAUGUUGAGAGUGUCAGUCUCCAACCUAACACUGUUCUCUCAAGGGCCACAACUAUACGACAAACCUACAUGGCUCUUCUGGUGUAUAAGAAUACCACUGAUGCAAGUCUGGCAGAAGCAGAGAUUGAGAACAUAUUGAGAAAAGACCCUGCAAUUGGAAAUGGCUUGAUAUUGGACAGUGUGACCGUGAACUUAAUGGAAAACUGCCAGGCCGAGGAUUUCCCAUUCCACUACAGAUGGCCAGAGAGCAGACCCACUGUCACCCAGUAUGUCCCCUGUUUCCCUUACAAAGAGCAAAACGCAUCCAGGACUUGCAUGAUUAGCCAGUAUAAUUAUACAUCAUAUUGGGCCUUCCCGGACCGUGGAAACUGCACUAAUAUAACAAGCAUUUCAGUUUCACAAGAAAAUGCAAUGGAAGUGGCUGUGCAGCUCGCUGACAUAUCCAAUAAUGAGCUCUCUAUGGAGGAGGUGACACAGGUUGUCUUCAAGGUGAAUGAGCUUGUGAACAUAGCCAAAAUCAACGCCACCCUGGCCAGCACUGUGGUCACUAUCAUCUCCAACGUCAUGAUCACCUCAGAGGCCGCUCAAAAGGAAUCCUCAGAGACAGCUCUCAAAGCAGUGGAUAAACUUGUACAGAAGAUUGAGUUUGAUGGACCCUCACUAACCAUCACAUCCAAAUAUCUGGCUGUUGGAGUUUCUGCACUCAAUGUCAGCAAUUUUAAUGGGACCACUUUCAGUGCGUUUAUAGCCACAAACAAAAUGGACCCUCAGAUUGAUUUUGAGUCAGAAGCCCAGAAUGCUUUGGCUGUGGUCACUCUACCUCCAACACUAUUGCAGAACUUGAGUAAUUCACAAAGAGUGUCAAGAAUAAACUUCAUGUUCUUCAGCAAGACAGGACUCUUUCAGCACUUUGGAUCAUUCAUGGAUCAACAAAGUAACGGCAUGUCCUUGAACAGCUAUGUGGUGGCUAGCAGUGUUGGCAACUUCACAAUCAAAAACCUGCAGGAUCCUGUCAAAAUAGAGAUUGCCCAUCUGGAGUACCAGAGAAAUCCAAAGCGUCUUUGUGUGUUUUGGGAUUUCAGCCUCCAAAAUGAGGAUCGCACAGGGGGCUGGAACAGUGAAGGCUGCGAGGUCAGUCCGGAGUCCAACAGCAACAGGACCGUCUGCUUGUGUAAUCACCUCACACACUUUGGCAUUCUAAUGGACAUCUCUGGAGCUUCUGCACAGAUAGAUGAGAAGAACAACAGGGUUCUCACCUUCAUUACCUACAUUGGCUGUGGCAUUUCAGCCAUUUUUUCCGCAGCAACACUUCUCACCUACAUCGCAUUUGAGAAGCUGCGGCGAGACUAUCCCUCUAAGAUCCUGAUGAAUCUCAGCACAUCACUGCUCUUCCUCAACAUGGUGUUUCUUCUGGAUGGCUGGUUGGCCUCAUACGACAUUGAGGGAUUGUGUGUGACAGUGGCUGUUUUUCUGCACUUUUUCCUUCUCACUUCCUUCACCUGGAUGGGCUUAGAAUCCAUCCACAUGUACAUUGCCUUGGUCAAGGUCUUCAACACCUACAUACGGCGAUACAUCCUCAAGUUUUGCCUGGUGGGAUGGGGUGUCCCUGCUUCAAUUGUUGGCAUUGUGUUGGCUGUGGGCAAAAAUUCUUACGGAAAAAACUAUUAUGGAAAAGGAGAGAAUGGACAGGGCACAGAAUUCUGUUGGAUUCAUAGUCCGGUGGUAUUCUACGUGACAUGCGUGGGCUACUUUUCCAUGAUCUUCCUGAUGAAUGUUGCCAUGUUCAUCGUGGUCAUGAUCCAGAUCUGCGGGCGUAACGGCAAGCGCAGCAACCGAACACUUCGAGAGGAGAUCUUACGUAACCUGCGCAGUGUGGUCAGCCUGACUUUCUUGCUGGGCAUGACCUGGGGCUUUGCUUUUUUUGCCUGGGGUCCAGUCAGCCUGGCCUUCAUGUACCUCUUCUCCAUUUUGAACUCUCUACAAGGAUUAUUCAUAUUUGUGUUCCAUUGUGCCCUGAAAGAAAAUGUACAGAAGCAAUGGAGGAGGUACUUGUGCUGUGGAAAGUUCCGCUUGGCAGAUAACUCAGACUGGAGUAAGACUGCCACUAAUAAUACCAAGAAAGUGAGUUCCGAUAACCUGGGAAAAUCCCUCUCCUCCAGUUCGUUUGGCUCCACUACAGCCAACUGGACGUCUAAAGCCAAAGCCACACUAAACCCCUUUGCCAGGCACAGUAAUACAGGUAAAAGUUUCUCCAAUCAGAGCAGUCCCAAAUGCAGCCCUUCUGACGGAGAGGCUUCCUCGUCCAUCCUCCCCGUCCACCAGGUCCUGGACAAGGUAAAGGGCUACUGCUCCGUGCGCUCGGACAACUUCUACAAAAACAUUAUCAUGUCAGACAGCUUUAGCAACAGCACUAAAUUCUAGUGAGAGGAGGCUGAGACGGAGGCCCGUUCUGUCCCACAGACUUACCUUGUUUGUAAAGACUACGCUACAUAUUGAGUUAACCCUCCAAGCCCUUCCACCCUUCCCUCGACUGGAGUAGAGAAACACAUAACCCUGUAGAGAGGGCAAGCUAUGAAAGUGUGGAUUUGACAUACUGUGAUAUUCAGCUUAUACUGACUAUGUGAUCUGUAAAUAUUCAUAAUAUAUUUUACUAUUUGUGCUUUUUCUAAUUUCGGUUUUGCAUAAUUUUUUUGCACAUUACUUUGGUUUUUGUUUUUGUAUAUAUAAAUGCAUAAUUGCUUGCUGCAGCAGAAAAAAAUGGGACCAAUUUACAACCAAAGACUGGCUGGCAAACAUGAGGAGUACUAGUUAGUUCCUCAGUUCGGGACUGAAAGAACAAGUACGGUUGGAGCUUGAAUUUUCAUGCUUGUGAAUUUUGCCUUGAUUUAGCUUUCUUUACCUUACGUACAUUUUCAAUGUAAAUUAGUGAACCUUUAAUACUUCUAUUUUGUCAUUAUUUAAAUGCUCUCUAUAUUAGUCUUCACAUGAUCUACUACUGAUUAACAUGUUACAGAAAAUGUUAGGGUUUUUUUUACAGUGUGUUCAUUGUUCAGUUGUUUCAGUGCAUGCAGUUUCAUAAAACUGCUCUAAUAGAAGGGCAGGACAUCAAGAUCAGUUCUUUUGCUAUUUGAUGAUAUAAUGGAAAACAACAGCUAGGCUAUACACCAAAUCUAACACUUUCAGAUCUUCCUAUUGCUGUAGUUUAAUGACUGUUUUGACUUGGUAUUUAUUUUAAAUGCUUUUAAGAGAUUUCUAUGCUUCAUUCAAGAAAAUGUCAGCAGAGGAAAUGCUUACUGAGGGCUGUUCAGUUUGCUCUGGUCAUCAGUGUAGAUCAUCGUUGUAUAGUGGUAAUGGAUGCUUUAUGAAAAUGUGACAUCCUGCAUAUUAAAUGCACUUAAAACAGA